AUGGUUACUCACACUAAUGAGAAACCAUAUGCAUGUGAUAUCUGUAGCAAAUCAUUUUCACAAAAAAGCACUUUAAGAUAUCAUAGGCUUAUCCAUACUAAUGAAAAACCACAUGCAUGUGAUGAGUGUGGCAAACCAUUUGCACUGAAAUGUGGCUUAAAGAUGCAUAUGCUUACCCACAUUCAAGAGAGAGAGCAUGCAUGUGACAUGUGUGGCAAAUCAUUUGCGUCAAAGCGCAGUUUAAUGAUCCAUAUGUGUAUUCACACAGAUGAGAAACCACAUACAUGUGAUAUUUGUAGCAGAUCAUUUACACGAAAAACCUCUUUAAAGUACCAUAUGUUUACCCACUCUAAUGAGAAACCACAUGUCUGUGAUAAGUGUGGCAAAUCAUUUGCAUUGAAAGGUAGUUUAAAUAUGCAUAUGGUUACCCACACUCGUGAGAAACUGCAUGUGUGUGAAAAACUGCAUAAGUGUGACAUUUGUAACAAAUCAUUUGAAGCCAAAAUCAAUUUAAGGAUACAUAUGCUUACUCAACAUUAA